AUGUUAUAUUACCUCCAUCACAGUUUGUUUAGAUAUAAUUAUAUUAUCUGAUCUUCAAGCAUAAUGUACAUUUACUUAAGACAUAAAACUGUGUUAUUUAUGAUAUUAUGAGAACAUUAUUCACUAUGCUACUGGAAUAAUUCAAGCUAGAAAAUGUUAUCAAACCAUGUGAGGUUAUUUCUGAAGUUUUCAAUAUUUUUCAUGUUGAUAUGAUGCAUUGUGUUAUCAGAAAGAAAGGCAGAAAUCUUUUUCUCUUCAGGCAGUUGAGUUGCAUGCGCAUUGAGGCAUUGUUCAUACCAAACUUUCACACAAUGGUUUUCACAACUCAGAUGCAAAUACAAACCUAAGCACUAUUCAGACUGUAGUGGAGAUGUUUCAAGAGGUUUGAAGUUUACGUAAAGAACAGAGACAUGCCUCCUUUUUUUUCUGUGUGAGAAAGAUAUACAAAAAAUGCACUAGGACUACUCAAUGAUCUCCACAAUGACAAAUUCAGUUGAUGUCUCACUCAUUUGUAGAAUAGUCAUUUGUAUACAAUUUGUAUAUAUUCUCUAUAUAUGGUUUUUAUUUCAGAUUAACAAUGAGGCAAGCUGUUUUCAUCCUCACCACCACUGCCAUCAUCAUCGUCAUCAUCAACACUGGAGCAAACGGGUUGUCCAAACGGAAAAAAACCUCUGCUCUUAAACUGGACAUGGCACCGGAUUCUGUUGAUGACCAAUUUAUAGGCUGCACUGAAAAAAUCUCCAAUCUGAUAAACAAGGUCCUAGAGACAGAGUUAAAUAAAAAUAAAGACUUUAAAAAUAUUUGGAAUAAGUACCCAAACAUUACUGAUCAUAUUACAAGAAUAAUAAAGGUCUACACCGAUCCAUGGGGAUUCCACUCAAAAUUCAAUGAUGCUGUCAGUUCAGGAAAAAAAUAUUACACCAAAAAAUUCUACUACAAAGCCUUUCAUUUCUUGCUAACACGUGCUGUACAAAAGUAUAAAGUGAAGAGCUGUGUUGUUGUUUAUCGUAGAACCACUGUUGAUUAUGAGACACCCGAGAUUAAUGAUGUAAUGCGAUUUGGCAGGUUUGCAUCGACUUCAUUUGAAGAGGAUUUGAUAAAAUUUGGCAAUAAAUCCUGUUUUAAGAUUAACACGUGCUUAGGUGCAGACAUAGGCAAACUUUCUGAGAUACCUAAUGAGAAAGAGGUGCUAGUCCCACCUUAUGAAAACUUCACUAUCACAAACAUUGAAAAAAACAAGAUGAACUGCGAAGUCCUUUACACUCUAAAGAGUGCGGGACCUUUUAGCAAUAUGAACUGUGAGCUUCUUAAAAAGCUCUACUGAACUGUUGAUGUUAUUAUAGCACAACCACUAACAUGACUGGAUAAUUUAAAGCCAUGAUGUAAUGUGUUCUAAGCAUGUAUUGAUGUCAAUGAUAUACAUUUGUUAUUACAUUAUAAAAUUGCUUAAUAAUAAUGACAACAUUGUAAUUUUAACCAUUUUGUCUGAGCUUUUGUUUGAAUGGCAUUUAAUGUCUCAAUGCUUUUGAAAUUAAAAGACAUCUGGACCAUAUGUUCGAGGUUCAUAAAUAAA